AAUAGCAAACGACGCGUGAGCGCGAUAAAAAGAAAUCAUUAAAUUAUUGCAUAAAUUUAAUUUAAUUUUAAUUUGAUUUUGUCCAACACGAAAGGAUACGCAAAAGGAAUAUAUCAAAAUGGGUUGUGUUUCGGGCAUUCUCAAUUUCAUACUUUAUAUCGUUAAUAUUGUGUUUUUGAUUGUUGGCAUCCUGCUGAUCGUCCUGGGAUCGAUCAUGCUGGCCGACAUCGGUCGCAUUGAUGGCUAUGGUGCGGUGGAGAGCACAAACACAAUUCCCAUUUGCAUCACGGUGCUGGGAGGUCUGAUCUUUAUUGUCUCCUUCUUCGGCUGCUAUGGCCUGUUCCGGCAGAGCGCCUGCAUGACGGGAGCGUACACCAGCAUGAUCUUUGUGCUGUUUAUCCUUCAACUGGUGCUCACCUGCUGGGUGUUUGUCAAUCGAUCGGCCUUCCUGCAGGACAUGGGCAGACUGGUCACUUCGCUGUGGAAUAACAAUGACUACGAUGCCUUCGGUGUGCUGGAGGUAACCUUCGGCUGCUGUGGCAACACUGGCUACAUCGAGUACGGUAGUCAGACGGUGCCCGGCACGUGCUGCGGCUACUCCAGUCGCCAGGCCGCCUGCCCAUUCUCCAUCUACUCGUCAAAGCCCGGCUGCAAUGGCGAGUUUGUGGACUUCUGGUACGACAACAUGGACAUCAUUCGCUGGUCCGGCCUGGGCAUUGUCAUCUUUGAGCUGUUGGUCUUCAUCUUUGCCGGCGCGCUGACCAAUUGCAUGCGUCAGGAGAACGCAGGCAGACAAGUGUCCGCUUAGACAGGAGGAUAAACAGAUUGCCAUUAAAUGUACACAAAGAAAUAAAUAAAUAUAAUAAUAAA